AUGGAAACCCGGUUCUCAGGCCAACAUGAACACGAAACGUCUAUGGCGGAUCCUGCCGUCAAUUCGAUAAUCAGAUCGACAUACGAACCUUUAGUGUAUCCUUCGACCGAUUCGAUCUUUACGGCGCUCGGCAACGAAUACUCGGGCGAAAUGAAUGGAAACUUGGAUAUGACGGACCCCCAGCUUAGUGUCCCUCAAGAAAUCAUCGACGCAAACCAGCCUCUAUAG